AUGCACUUCUGUCCCACCGUCCUCCUCCAGGCUGGCCUCUUUGUAGGCUUUCUACAAACCAGUGUCGCUUCACCCGCUCUUCCAGAACUCCAGCAGCGUGGUACUCCUUACGAAAGGGAGACUAGCUCAAUUGCCGCCGAAGUUGAUAAAUUACUCUCUCGCAUGACCUUUCUCGAGAAGCUCGCUCAGACCCGAAAUAUCGGUGGUAUUCUGAACCCUGGCGUAACUUAUGACGAGGAGUUCGUAGAGGCAUUCAACAACGGCCUUGGUGGUGGCUCUAUCUCUCCCGGAAAUUACCAGAACCCCGGCCCAGCAGCAGCAGCAGUAAUCAAUGAAGUUAUCACCCGCCACCAGAGGCGAGACCGCAACAAUAUUCCAAUGAUAGUUGUUGCUGAUUCCGUCAACGGCGUCACUUUACUCAACACAACCCUCUUCCCAGCAACUUUGAGUAUGGCCCAGUCAUGGAACAUCGAGCUCUAUUCGAAAGUAGUUGACUCCAUGUCCAAGGAGAACCGAGCACUGGGGAUCCACUGGGUAUUGAGUCCUGAGCUAGAUCUUGCCCUUGAGCCAAGAUAUGGACGGGUGGGAGAGAUGUAUGGAGAAGACAAAUAUCUUGUUGGACGGUUUGGAGUGGCCUACGUCAAGAACAUGCAAGCGGAGGACUCUCAGGGGUAUGUUCGUGUUGCUACGACCGUAAAGCAUUGGAUUUUUGGCAACUCCCUAGCAGGAGUAAACCAAGCCCGUCUCCUCGGUGGAGUCAACGAUUUCUACAACCUCUACAUCUUCCCCUAUUUGGAAGUCUUCAGAGAGACGAACCCUCUCUCCCUAAUGCCAUCUUACUCCUCCUUCGACAACAUCCCCAUGACAUCUAACCUCGAAUACACGCGAGAUAUCCUCCGCAACGAGCUCAAAUUCGACCGCGUGAUCGUCUCUGACUAUGCCGCAAUCCCCCAGCUGCAGAAUAGACAACAUACCGCAAAGAGUCUCCAGGAUUGCGGAAUCAAGGCCAUAGCAGCUACUAUCGAUCACGAACUGAGCCCACCAGAGAGGUCUGGCAUGUCUACCCUUGCGACGCUAGAGAAGAAUCCAGCUAUUGCGAAGGAAGUGCAUGAAGCUGCCAGAAGGAUGUUGACGUUGAAGUUCAUUACGAAAACCAUGGAGCAGCCGCUUGCGGAUUUGAAAAAUGUUAACAAGACGCUCAGAGGCGAGGAGGCUAUGAAGCGGAACAUGGAUAUCACCCGAGAGUCCAUGGUUCUCUUGAAGAACGACAAGAUCCUUCCUCUCAGCAAGUCAUUUCUUUCCAAGGUCGCUGUCAUUGGCCCUCUCGCCGAUAUCAUUAACCCUGGUUCCUAUGCUGCCAGCGACUACUCCACGGGAACGACGAUAUUAGAAGGCGUUCAAAAGAUUUCGCCGAAUGUUGUCUUCUCUCGAGGGUGUUUCCGAAAUAACUAUACGAACUUCGAACAGAUGCGAGAUGAGGCAGUAGCGAACGCCAGAAGUGCCAGCGUUGCAAUUGUUGCUCUUGGCUCAGUCGCUGCCAUUGUCGAUGGGAACGUCAAUGACCGUACCGAUGGAGAGGCGUUCGACCAUGCCGACCUUGAUUUCCCAGGUCCUCAAGUGGAACUCUUGAAGGCCAUUGUUGAAACAGGAACGCCAGUAGUCAUGGUUAUCAGUGGUGGCCAAGUCUUCACCUUGGAAUACGCUGCUGCAAAUGCCAAGGCUAUCUUGCACACUUUCUUGCAAGGAGAGCUCGGUGGUGAUGCUCUUGGAGAAAUCCUUACAGGAAAGACAAAUCCGAGCGGGAAACUCAGCGUUUCCAUUCCUCGCCGGUCGGAUAUUCUGCCCAUCUAUUACAACCAUAUGAAUACGGAUAGAAAAGAAGUAGGCUGGCAGGUCACUACCGACUACCAAGCUCCCAUUGUUGAUCGACUCCCUCGUUACACAUUCGGUUACGGUUUGAGCUACACUACUUUCAGUAUCUCCGGCGUGUCUGUGACUGGCACAGUGUCUAAAACGGGGUCGAUCAAAGUUGAAGCAACGGUGAAGAACACUGGAGCAGUCCGAGGCAAGGAGGUUGUGCAAGUCUAUUUCAACCAAUCUGCUCCUGAGAUGGAAAGACCUAUCAAGAACCUUGUUCGCUUCACGAAAACUGGUGAUCUCGCCCCGGGCGAAUCUACUCAAGUCAAUUUCAACAUUACCGUGGAUGACCUAGGUUAUUGGAUCAACGGUAAGAAGCAAGUCGAUGCUGACACUUAUGGUAUUAUGGUCGGAUCCAGCUCUGAUGAUGCUGAUCUGAAGUUUUUCAACGUGAUUGUGCAAGGCUGA